AUGGCAGCCCAUCUCUCCAACGGUGCGGCGACGCCCAAUUCGAAUUACCCCGGCGCAUCCCUCGAGGAUCUUCCCAAGUCAUGGCACUUUACCGAAUCGCUACCCGCCGAUGCCGUCUUCCCUACGCCCGCCGAUUCGCACAAGACCCCACGAGAUCAGAUAACACCCCGACAAGUCCAAAAAGCCAUCUUCACAUGGGUGCGCCCAGCUGAGCAGAAGGACCCCGAGCUUCUUGCCGUUAGUCCAGCUGCGUUGCGAGAUCUGGGUAUCAAGGCUGGGGAGGAAAAGACGGAAGACUUCAGACAAUUGGUUGCCGGCAAUAAGCUCUACGGCUGGGAUGAAGAAAAGCUUGAGGGAGGAUAUCCGUGGGCUCAAUGCUAUGGUGGUUUCCAGUUUGGACAAUGGGCUGGUCAACUCGGCGAUGGCAGAGCUAUCUCCCUCUUCGAGACAACCAAUCCAGCCUCUGGUGAGCGGUACGAGCUUCAGCUCAAGGGCGCCGGUCUGACACCCUACUCCCGCUUCGCCGAUGGAAAAGCCGUUCUCCGAUCGAGUAUCCGGGAGUUUGUCGUUUCAGAGGCACUCAAUGCGCUCAAGAUUCCCACCACUAGAGCAUUGUCGCUUACCCUGUUGCCAGACUCCAAGGUCCUUCGGGAGAGGGUUGAACCGGGAGCUAUUGUGCUGCGGUUCGCCCAGUCUUGGUUGCGUCUGGGCAACUUUGAUAUCCUCCGUGCCAGGGGAGACCGCGACUUGAUCAGAAAGCUGUCUACGUAUAUUGCUGAAGACGUCUUUGGUGGUUGGGAUGAACUACCUGCUCGAUUGGAGAACCCAGACGAGCCGAAGACUUCGCCGCCGCCGAAGCGUGGAGUUGCAAAAGAUACCAUUGAAGGACCUGAAGACGGUGAGGAAAACCGGUUCACGAGGCUUUAUCGAGAAGUUGUCAGACGCAAUGCAACAACAGUGGCCAACUGGCAAGCAUACGGGUUCAUGAAUGGAGUGCUGAACACAGACAAUACCUCCAUCUAUGGACUCUCGAUAGACUUUGGUCCGUUUGCCUUUAUGGACAACUUUGAUCCGACAUACACACCAAAUCACGAUGACUACGCCCUGCGAUACAGCUACAGAAACCAGCCCACCAUCAUCUGGUGGAAUCUCGUCCGCUUCGGCGAGGCAAUUGGCGAGAUGAUGGGAAUGGGGGCCAAGGUGGACGACCCAACCUUUGUUGAAAAGGGUGUUACAGAAGGGGAGGAGGCAGCAGUUGUAGCCAGGGCCGAGAAGCUCAUCACACAGGCCGGCGAGGAGUUCAAGAUUGUCUUCCUUAAUGAGUACAAGAGACUCAUGACUGCCCGGCUUGGUCUAAAGACACACAAAGACUCUGACUUUGACGUGCUCUUCAGCGAAGCCUUGGAUACCCUGGAAGCCUUGGAACUGGACUUUCACCAUUUCUUCCGUCGCCUCAGCAACCUCAAGCUGCAAGAUCUGGCCACCGAAGAGGGUCGAAAGGAGAAGGCAUCCACUUUCUUCCACAAGGAAGGCCCGCCGACGACUGGCACAGAAGAUGGGGCCAGGGAGCGCAUUGCAAAAUGGCUGGCCAGCUGGCGAGAACGUAUUGUCGAAGACUGGAAGGAUGAGGGCGACAACGUGCCAGAAGAGAAGGACAACGAGAGGAUCAAGGCCAUGAAGAAGGUCAACCCCAACUUUGUCCCUCGCGGCUGGAUCCUCGACGAGGUUAUCAAGCGCGUCGAAAAGGACGGUGAGAGGGAUGUACUCGACCGCAUCAUGCAAAUGGCUCUUCACCCAUUCGAAGACGCCUGGGAUGGACAGACCUUCGAGGGGCAGACAUUCCAAGGCGACAAGGACGAGGAGACUCGGUGGAUUGCCGACCCUCCCAAGACUGAGAGAGCCAUCCAAUGUAGCUGUAGCUCAUAGAUAUAGACAACAGCGUACAGCCUUUCGAAUCAUCUCC